AUGAAGUCCAACGAGGGGCAGAAAAAAUCGGCUUACAAGAACUGGCAAAGGACACGAGCUCCAGAGGUUCGAGCUGCCUACAUAUCCUCCAAGAGGCUUGCCAAGGCUGCUGUCACGAAGGCAAAGAACACGGAAAUGGACGCCUUGCAUGGGAAGCUCGUCAGUCGAGAAGGAGAGAAGUUCGUCUUCCGCCUGGCGGAAGCGCGUCAUCGCGCCACUCAGGGUAUCGGGGUAGUGAAGCCCGUCAGGAAGAGGGACGAGGGUGCAAUCCUGAGGACUCCUGGCGAGGUCAGGCGCAGGUGGAAGGAAUACUUCGACGGGCGGCUAGCCCCAUCAAUGUCUGGACAAAGAAUGAGGGAAGCGAUGGAGCUUGAGGCCCAAGGUAAGCGACCACGAGGAGCCCCAGAAAAGAGAUGGCGAGACUUUAUCAAGAAAGACUUCGCCGAAGCGGAGAUGUCGGCAGAGAAUGCCGUAGAUAGAAUGAAAUGGAGAAGGCUGACAGGAACAGCGGACCCUGCGACGGAGCGCGAUUAA